AUGGCAGGGAACGGGCCGCCUGCCCCCGCCGCCUGCCCCGAGCCUCUGCCCCGCAGCGUCUUCAAGAAGUUCCUGCUUAUGCUCAUGUCCCUGCUCAUGUCCCUCUACGUCUUCUACUGCCUGGCCGAGCGCUGCCCCACCCCGGGCACGCUGGCCCUGCUGCUGGGCGAGGGCAGCAAGCGGCUGCCGCAGGCCAUCAUCGUGGGCGUGAAGAAGGGCGGCACGCGUGCGCUGCUGGAGUUCCUGCGGGUGCACCCCGACGUGCGGGCCGCGGGGGCCGAGCCCCACUUCUUCGACCGCGGCUACGAGCGGGGCUUCGGCUGGUACAGGGAGCUGAUGCCCAGAACCCUCGAUGGGCAGAUCACCAUGGAGAAAACUCCCAGCUACUUUGUCACCAAGGAAGCACCUGCUCGAAUCUCCGCCAUGUCAAAGGGCACCAAGCUCAUCGUGGUGGUGCGGGAUCCCGUGACCCGAGCCAUCUCCGAUUACACACAGACUCUCUCAAAGAAGCCCGAUAUUCCCACCUUUGAGAGCCUGACCUUCAAAAACAGGACUACAGGCCUGAUCGACACCUCGUGGAGCGCCAUCCAGAUCGGCAUCUACGCCAAGCACCUGGAGAACUGGCUCCUCUACUUCCCCAUUGGGCAGAUCCUCUUCGUCAGCGGGGAGAGGCUGAUCAGCGACCCCGCCGGGGAGCUGGGCAGGGUCCAGGACUUUCUGGGCCUUAAGAGGAUCAUCACAGACAAACACUUCUACUUCAACAAAACCAAGGGCUUCCCCUGCCUGAAGAAAGCUGAAGGCAGCAGCAAACCCCACUGCCUGGGGAAAACGAAAGGCAGGACCCACCCCAAUAUAGACAGAGAGGUGGUGCAGAGACUGCGAGAGUUCUACAGGCCUUUCAACAUGAAGUUCUACCAGAUGACUGGGCAUGACUUCGGCUGGGACUGAGGCUGAAAAAAAGAAUAAUUUAAGAAAAGAAAAAAUAUAAUAUAAUAUAUAUAUUUUUUUUACAUAUCAGUAGAGAGGAAAUGUAAGAGGUGUGCUGAAAAUGCUCUCCAUUCCGUUCGUUCUUUUUGACAAGAUGUCACUGCUUGGUUUGUUUUCUUUCCUCUAUUAGCAGCGGGUUGGUGUCUGCUUCCACGGUCGAGGCAAGGUGGCUGUGGGCCAAAGCUUGGUGCUAUUGAAGUCAAGAGGGCUCUGGCCCUUUAUGUCAGUGGUUUCAGGAUUUGACACUGUCUAUAUAAAAGUCCAGGAACAACAUUUUCAGAUUUGCCUAAGUGACUUAGGAACCUAAGAUCCAUUUUUCAAAAGCGACAUAGGCACUUAGAAGAGCCUAACUCUCAUUGAAAAUCAAUAGGAUUUAGGCUUCUAAGGCCCAGAUUUUAAAAGGUAUUUAGGCGUUGCUGUGCUCAGCCUUGCAAUGUCUAACUGAUUUAGGCACCUAAAUUUCAUCAUUAAGAUUGAGGGUCCUAAAUGCCUAAAUCACUUUUGAAAAUGGGAUCUAGGCUCCUAAAUCAGUUAGAUAUUGCAACAAUGAGCACAGCAACACCUAAAUACCUUUACAAAUCUGGGCCUUGGUGACUAAGGGCUGGAUUUUUAAAUCUAUUUAGGUGCCUGACUCCCAGGGGAGGUGCCCAAAUGCCUUUAAAAAUGUAUCCAUUAGUCACUUUUGAAAAUAGGACUUAGGGUCCUAAAUACCUAAAUCACUUUUGAAGAUUCCAGAGCUGGUCAGGACAUACUUUUUCCUGUGAAAAUUUUUUAUCAUUUUUUUUUCACUUUAUCAAUUUUUCUUUGAAAUUUUGGGGGGGGUUGGUCCAAAAAGUGGGGAAAAAUUCUGCCACCAAAAACCAAGCAUUUUUUCAGCAACUGGUGAAAAACGGGAGGGUUUUUUGUAUACAAAAUUGAACUAAUUGGGUUUUGGUUAUAGAAAGCAGGGGAGGGAAGGAAAUAGGUUUUGACAAAAACUGAUCUUUUGACAUGAAAAUCUCAGUGUAGUCAAAAGGCCGUUUUCCAGCUCUCAAGCAGCUUCCCCCAUCACUUGUACUCUCUCCAGGUCGCUAUUUCCGAGCUCACCCACCUCUUUCAAGAUUCCCAUUCAGAAACUUCACCAAGCCAACAUGCCUCCCAUUGGAUGUCAUCUGUAGAGUUUGAGGCUGUGGCCUUCAUGGGGUUUCACACUAAGAGGGGAGUCAUUGUGGCCUGUAGGGGGAUUCCAUGUCCUGUAUAUUCUUGAAUAGGGAAUAACAGAGUAAGAGCCAGAGUUGCGGGAGAGGUGGUGUGUGAGGUAUCCUGUUAAGCCAUGUUCAGGAGUAUGUUGGACAAGGCUCUCUUGGCUUCAGAAGAAUCUCAGAUGACAACAUGUUGGAGCAAAGGUUCAUUUGGGAAAAAAAUAAAAAACUGAGUGAGGGAAGGGAAUCCCUAGUUCACAAGAGUGUGGUGAGAACCUAAUGGCUGCCCUGCUGAGAACAAAAUGGCAGCGCUCUUCUGGGGAACAUGGGGG